AUGGACUUCGAGGCGCUCUUCCCGCCGCUCCUGCCUCAAGACGGUGCUGCCGAGCAAGAGAUCAGGUCUGUCGACAUCAGCGUCGACGACAUCUCUUUGCCUCCGUUGGAAAAGGCCGUGGACGCAGGCAUUUACCGCGCGCUGCAUCGCUGGAACGAAAGCGACUCGGCUCUGACGGAGAAGGCGCUGCCGUACUCUGAGCGCGUCAAGAAAUACCAGCGCAUCGCUGCUGUCGCGUUGCAGCCAGGCGGAGAGUUCGACCCUGCGCGUGACUUUCAAGACGAAGAGGAGGACGACGUCGAAGCAGCAGCCACCCAGUCGGAAGAGGAGCAGCCCGAAGCUGCAGACAGAGCUACUGCCAAGGAGCGCAGGAAGCAGCAGAAGGAGCACGAGCAGGAGAGAGUGCGGUUCGAGGCCGUGUUCCAAGAGCUGGAUGAUAUCGACGAGCUCAAAGCCGAGAGGGCGCCGAGCGAGCGCGUGCGGAAGUUCGUGGACACGUUUAAGAUCAAGAAGCGGCGGCUGGUGAUGAAGAGGUCAGUGGCUGAUACCAUCACAGCCAUGAGUUUUGAUUUUGCACGGCCAGUGCCCGAUGACAACGACCCGAUUCUGUGGUUCGACGUGCUGCAUCCGACCAAGGACCCGGCGCGCACGCAGUCGUUCCUAGUGCGACGGUCGCAGCGGAUUUCCGAGCUGGUGGAUCUGGUUGCGUGCGCUAAUGAUGAUCGGCUGCACGAGCAUGCAAAAACAUCGAAGCUGGUGUACUUCGGCCAUACAUUUUUCGUGGAUCGACGCGCUCCUGGUAGUGUGGACUACUCGGAGCAGAUCGUGCGCUGGAUUCGAGCAAAACCAGAGCGUGAGUCCAAGUUUGGGGCAUUUGCUGAAGGCGAUCGCGUAGCUCGGAGCCUGCACUCGUGCACGUUUGCGGAUUUGGAGCUGCACGUAGAUGUGCCCGGCGUCUACAUCCAUCAGGGAGAGUGCGAGCACUUGCUCAGACUUCGAGAUGCGCGCUUGCCGCAUGAGCUCGACGCGCCGAAGAGUGACAACAUUUUUCCGCUGCGACUGCCGAAUCCGCUCAAUCGUCCGCUACGCAACUGCUUGAUCUGCCAGCACUACACUGCGAAGUACGUGUGCUAUGGCGAUCGUCUGUCAAUGAUGGACCCCAUGUUCUUCUGCAACCGCUGCUACCGCGCUGCUCACUACGACGCCAACGGAAAGCUACUUUACAACGAUUUUCUGAGCUUCCCGUUCGUUCAAGACUAG